AACUCGCUUCCUGAAGGAAAAUCACCAGCCAGCCACAAAGCUAAGGAGAGAAGUGCCUACUUGGGUAGCAAAUCUGUUAAACCUGACCCCACGCCAAAGUCCUCCAUCACCAACAUCACCACCCGACACACGUAGACGUCCACGAACCCCCAGUCGUCAAAAUGGUCAACAUUCCGAAGACGCGCAAGACCUACUGCGCUCGUGAGAACAAGCACACCCUUCACAGGGUAACCCAGUACAAGGCUGGAAAGGCUUCUCCUUUCGCCCAGGGUAAGAGACGUUACGACAGAAAGCAGAGCGGUUACGGUGGUCAAACAAAACCCGUCUUCCACAAGAAGGCCAAGACCACAAAGAAGGUUGUGCUACGUCUUGAGUGCAACGGAUGCAAGGCCAAGAAGCAGCUUCCUCUGAAGCGAUGCAAGCACUUCGAGCUUGGUGGUGACAAGAAGACCAAGGGUGCCGCCCUUGUUUUCUAAACGCGUAAACGUAACCAAAAUCCCCAACGACAAAUACAAAAUAUCGGACGCUACGACGAUAACGAGACUUGCAUUUCGUGGCGAAAUCAUGGACCAACCUAUUCGGCGUGAUGUAGGGUGCCUCUGCGGCCCCGAGAGAAGAGAUAGGCUCUGGAUCAUCAGGACUGGGUUCAUAGGGUUCACAGGUUUCCGGAGUUUCACUACGGCAUAGGAGAAGAAGAGAAAGGUGUUUGUUCCCGCAUUAGUUCUUGGUUUACAAACAUGCAGUGCCAAAGAGCCAGAGCAAAUACCAACCGUUUGUGUUGCACGAACAACUUUUUUUUUCUUAUGUCUGAUGCAUUGUGAUUAUGCGGCUUCAAUGAUAAUUAUACAUAUGAUCUACCGACCUACCGACCUCAACAAUGUGACGUUAAGAUAAUACCUACUAACUACUGGGCUUUUAUCUUGA